AUGUCGUUGACCCUCAAGCUAUCCUCACUUGCCAUCCGCACACUCUCCAAGCCCAUUGCCAACCAAAUCAAGGCACAGGCCCGCGAACAUGAGCGAUUCCGCAACGUCUGUGUCUCAAUGGCACAGGCCCUCCAUCGAUUCGACAUGCGCCUCCGUCUAGGUUCAAUCCAUGACAACACCGCAAUCCGAAAACAAGCCCAGGCCGAGGCCGUGGCCAAGAAGCACAUUCCCACUUCUCCAACAGUCAAAACACAAGCAGCAACAAAGGCGGAGGAGGAAGCUCAGUCAAAGGCCAAGGCUGCAGCAGAGGAAGCCGCAAAGCCCCACCAUUACCGUAUUCGACCGUUGUCCGAAUCGAAAGCCAUCGAGUCUGGCGCCAAUUUCAUCAGCGAAACAUUCCUCUUCCUUGUGGCAGGCGGAUUAAUCGUCUUCGAGUCGUGGCGAUCACGCCGGAAGGAAAGCACUCGCAGAGAAGGCGUCGAGGACCGACUGGCGGAGCUUGAGCAAUCCGAAAAGACUACACGGGAGUCCUUGGUGGCCUUGGAGAAGGAGCUGUUGGCCCUUAAAGCUAGACAUGGAGAACUGCCCAAAUCGACACACCGCAUCCUGCCUCGUGCAGUGUGGGAAGUUGCUCCAGAAGCAGAGAAGCCUGAAGUCGAUGAGACCUGGUGGACACGCAUCACAUCAUACCUGCCCUUCGGGAUAGGCACUCAAAGCUCCGCCCUGCCUGCGUCGGCAGAGCAAACCCUAGAGACGAAGGAGACCAAGCCUACGAUAAAUCAACCGACUGUGCAAACGACAACACCAGUCAUCAGAAGCGAAGCUGAGACCAAGAGCUCAUAA